AUGGAAGAUGAGAAAAAGAGUCUUAGAUUGAGGGACAAGCAUAUCUUGUCCUUUCCUUUUGACACGAAACUACCACAAUGCGUGAAUACUACGUGUCUCUCUCGGCCACCGAAGGUAACCAUCGUUGACCGUGGGGUGAGUGCAAGUGUCUUCGUCGACAACGCCGCUUACCGGACUUUCCUACGCUCCAAAUUCAACGCCACCGCGAUUGAUAUGGAAAGCGCCGCCGUUGCUCUUAUCUGCCACCAGCAAGCCCUCCCUUUCGUCGUCAUCCGUUCCCUAUCCAAUCUUGCUGGCGGUGGUUCCGACGUUUCCAACGAGGCCGACUUGUUUGGUAGCCUCGCCGCGCAAAACUCGGUCGAUGUUCUCAUGAAGUUCGUUGGUUUGUUACCUACACACAAAAGCAAAGACUAA